AUGGGAAACACGGACAGCCACAGCAGCUUCGUCCCUCCGGCCAAGUCCUCCUGCUCGCUCAGGUUCUCCUCCAGGAGGGAGGAGGUGCCGUCGGCCCGCAGCUGGUGGAGGAGCAGCCAGGGGAGCAGCAGGAGCCGAGGGAGGAGCCACCUGAACCAGCACGCCACCUCCGCCGCUGGAACGCCGUACACCUCCUGGCAUUACGAACAAGCCCCCAAAGCCACCAGAGGAGGAGCCGGAUCUCCUCCCAGGUUCAACCAGUUCGGCUUCGUGGAGGACGGCGGCGGCAGCACGGGGAUGUGCGGCGAGAGGACGUCGGUGGAGAGCGGCGGCAGCCCGAAGGUGCUGCUCAGCAAAGACGGCAGCAUGAGGGUGGAGUUCACCAACGCCAGGGGGGUCAACAUGGAGCCGCAGGGACUACCAUCUACCGCCGCUGCUGCCGUGGUUACAGACCCCUCCCUCCGCACCAGUAAAGGCAGCUCAUUGAGCUCCGACGGCUCCUGGUACGACUCUCCGUGGGGGACCGGCGGCGAGCUGGCCGACAACGUGUUCGUCUGCGGGCAGCGUGUGGCCAACCGGUUCACCGAGGAGACCGCCGCCACCACCUGCAGCGGCUACAGCACCGUCUUCUCAGCCCAGGUGGACGUCUCACCUGGAUCCGACUCCAGCUUCCUGUUCACCGCCGCCGACACCACCGAGUUUGCCGCCGUUGCCGCCGGUUACAACACCUGCUCCUCCGGGCGAACGGAGGACAGCGGCAUCGGGGACUCGGUGAUCCUGCAGGCCGACCUGAGAGACUUCAGCCUGGCCUCGCCAUCCUUGUCCUCGCUGGACAGCGUUUACCACAACGCACUGCCUGCCUUCCCCACCACACCGGACGCCACGGCCCUCCUCCUCCUGGAUGACGUCAUCCAGGAGGAGGAGGGGUCAGGAGGAGGCGUGGAGCAGCGUUACUCCUCCGUGACGCUUCCCUGCCGAAGGGCCGAGCCCGCCGCCGCCGGCACAUCGGGGAACAGCCGCAAAGACUUCCUGAAGAGCCGAAUCAGACAACUCAGCGACUGGACAGGAAGUCUGAGCAGGAAGAAGAGGAGGAUCCAGGAGCCGAACGGCAGCGACGUCUCCAUCGACCAGCCGGACUGCAGCACCUUCUGGUCCUCCAACCCUCUACACACCCUGAACCUCAACCACAACCAGUUCCCAGCAGCCCACUGUGGCUCCUCCAGGAGCCUGAACCUGAACCAGAACCAGAACCAGAACCAGAACCAGAACCAGAACCAGAGCCAGCGGCAGAACGUCUACGAGAACUUCAUGCAGGAGCUGGAGACGGGCUGCAGCAGCACAGCCGAGCUGACGGAGGAGGAGGAUGAGGAGGAGGAGGAGGAGGUGGAGGAGGAGGAGGAGGAGGAGGAGAUGGAGGGAGAUGAGGAGGUGGACGUCCUGUUAGAGGAGGAGCAGGGCGCGGUGCGGCGGGCCGGCUGGCUCUCCUUCAAAGCUCUCAUCACCGUCAGCAAAGACGGGAAGCUGGAGCUGGUGGCUCGACGAAGGUGGAGACACUACUGGGUCACUCUGAGAGGUUGCUCCCUGCUGGUCUACGAGACGUACGGGAGAAGCGUCGGCGCUGAGAGGGAUCUUUCUCCUCGCUACGCUCUGCUGGCCGACGACGGCGUGGUGCAGGCCGUCCCCGAGCAUCCCAAGAGAGAGCACGUGUUCUGCCUCAGCAACGCACACGGAGACGUCUACCUGUUCCAGGCCACCAACCAGACCGACCUGGAGAACUGGGUGACGGCGAUCCACUCUGCGAGCGCCUCCCUGCUGGCGAAGCGUCAGGGGAAGGAGGACACGCUGCGCCUCCUCCGCUGCCAGAGCCGCUCGCUGCUGCAGCGCAUCGACAUGGACGGGAAGAUGAAGAAGAUGGCGGAGCUGCAGCUGUCCGUCAUCAAGGAGACCAAGAACAGGAGGGCCGUGGAGAGCCAGAUCCAGCAGUGGGAGCAGAACCUGGAGAAACUGAACCUGGAUCUGUUCCGGCUGCGCUGCUAUCUGUCCAGCCUGCAGGGCAGCGAGCUGCCAAACCCCAAGAGCCUCCUCGCCGUGGCCAGCCGGCCCUCCAAGAGCAUGCUGGGACGCCUGGGGGUCUUCUCCGUGUCCUCCUUCCACGCUCUGGUGUGCAGCAGAGACGAGGGGACGCUGAGGCGGCGCUGCAGGACGCCGAGGAAGACGAGGGGGGGGCUGCCGUCCUCUCUGAGGGCUCUGGACGGACUGAAGAGACGAGGCAAGGACGCCACACACUCCCAGAGAGUCAACAGUGCGUUAAAACAGAGCGAGGCGGCGCCCCCUGCAGGACGCCCUGCAGCUCUACAGGUGUGUGAUGAGCUGCAGCUUCCAGGUGUUUUCACUCUGAACGUCCGUCGACUCGACACUACAAAAGACUUUGGUUUUGCGGUGACGGGUCACGUGGACGGAGUGGGGAGGAGUCACGUCUACGUCAGCGAGGUCGACCCGCUGGGACAGUCGGCCCGAGAAGGCCUCAGGGCGGGAGACCAGGUCCUGGCGGUGAACGGGGCCAGCGUGUCCGGACUGGACCUGGACCUGAUGCAGAGUGUCUUCAGCCACCAGAAGCUCCAGCUGCUGCUCCGGAGGGACCAGGAGCCCGCUGACCUCUGCCGGACCCCGGACGUGCAGACCUGGACCAGAACCGAUCUUCCAGAUGACGUACCGCUGCCUGUUUGUGACGGCGAGCUGCAGAGAAAGAACGUGCAGCGGGUUCACGCCCUCUACCAAACCUUCCCAGAAUGCCGAGCGGCGGAGGCUGACGUUCCCAGGAACCCGUACGGCCGAGACGCCGUCCUGCAGCCCGCAAGCCCCGCCCACCUGAGUGUGUGUCAGCGUCUGCGUAAGGUCAUCCAGGAACUGGUCGACACGGAGAAGUCCUACGUCAAGGAUCUGGUCCGUCUGUUUGAGGUCUACCUGACUCCGCUGCAGAAGGAGACCUUCCUUAGUAAAGAAGAGAUGGAGGCGUUGUUCGGCAGCCUGCCCGAGAUGUUGGACUUCCAGAGAGUUUUCCUUCAGACGCUGGAGGAGAGAAUCGCUUCAUGUCCAAACUUCAGCCUCCUGGAAACACCUGGGCAGUUCAAGCAUCUCCUCUUCUCGCUGGGAGGAUCCUUCCUCUACUACGCCGACCACUUCAAGCACUACAGCGGCUUCUGUGCCAACCACAUCAAAGUCCAGAAGGUUCUGGAGAGAGCGAAGACAGACGGAGCCUUCAAGUACUUCUUAGAGACCCGGAACCCGACCAAUCAGCACUCGUCGUCUCUGGAGUCGUACCUGAUCAAACCUGUUCAGAGAGUCCUGAAGUAUCCACUGCUGCUGAGAGAGCUGGUGUCUCUGACCGACCCAGAGAGCCCCGAACACACACACCUGACAGAGGCGCUCAGAGCGAUGGAGAAGGUGGCGUCUCACAUCAACGAGAUGCAGAAGAUCUACGAGGACUUCGGCUGCGUGUUCGACCAGCUGGCUGCAGAGAACAGUUCACCUGACAGACAGGUGACGGAGAUCUCCAUGGGGGAGUUCCUGGUCCACUCGUCGGUGGUCUGGUUGAACCCGCUGCCCAGUCUGGGCCGGCUGAGGAAAGAACCAGAGCUCACUCUGUUCGUGUUCAAACGGGCCGUCAUCCUGGUGUACCGAGAAAACGGCAAGCUGAAGAAGAGGAUGACCGCCUCCCGCUCACCUGACCCGGACCCCUUCAGGUUCCGCUGGUUAAUCCCAGUGUCGGCGGUUCAGGUCAGACCGGCCAACGUCACAGGCUCAGAGGACCGGUGUGUGUGGGAGCUGGUUCACAGCCGGUCGGAGGUGGAGGGACGACCGGAGACGGUGUUUCAACUCUGCAGCAGUGGUUUGGAGACGAAGGCCAGCGUGCUUCGAGCUCUGCGCUCCCUCCUCAGAGACCGAGCGCCCGCCGGCUCCCUGAGGAGGACCAGGCUGUCGUCGGCAGAGAGGAGCAGCUCCUGGAGGAGGAGGCAGCAGAGGAGGACUCCUCCUCACCGGGCGGACGACGGCCUCAGCUCCCUCCGGGGGGAAACCUGCUCAGAGCCUCUGCUGCCCAGCCACUCCGCCUCCGACACCGCGGGGAAGAGGACCAGACUCUGCUCCCUGACCGGGGAGCUGGAGGCCCAGCUGCAGAGGCUGAACGUCACUGAGGAGGAGGAGGAGGAGGCGCAGCGAGGAGCGAGCGACCGGAGGAGCCAGGGGAAGAGGCGGAGCUCCAGUCUGCGACGAGGUCCUGGAGGAGAAGUGCUGGAGCUCGGCAGUCAGCUGGAGAGAGACUUCAGUGUCCAGAGCAUGACCUCCAUGAUCAACGAGGACUGUUUCUACGACAGCGUGCUGGGGAGACAGGCGGCUGCUCCCACGCUGCACGGCUAGCAUGCUAACGUGCUACUGGACCUGACCUGAUAGGGUUUCUGUCCUCCACCACCAGGAAGUUCUCGUAUGAUGAACUUAAACACUGCUGACUGACGAGAACAAGCUCUCAUCUCCACAAGAUCACAAACGUCUGGAAGAAAGAAUCUGGGUUUUAACGACGAGUGGAUACGAGUUCCAUUUUUCAAUAAGAGGAAGUCUAAUCAGAUCAAAACUACGUUGUGAAAGGGUUUUCUUUAAUCGAUGUCUUUAAUCGAUGAAACAACAGAAAUAACUCGGCGCUGAAUAAUUUAACAAUGAAUUUUACAUCAGAACAUAAUUAAAGCCACUGUGACACAGAACACAGAUUCUAAGAAUGAAGUCCUAGUAGAAACAAUGAAUACCAACAUCAUUUUGAAAUGAAAGUUAUAAUAUUAUAGAAACAAAUAUUUUUAAGACAGUUUGUCAUGAGAAAUGUUGAAUACAGUGACACUUGAGUUCCGUCUUCAUUUAUUUUUAACACAUAGUCUUGAAUACGACCUUUUCUACCUAAAUUAAAUCUGUAUUCUUGUAAAAUAAAAAAGUUUAGAUCAUUUUUGAAAAAUCAGGAGCCUUAUGCCGUGUUCACACCAAAAGCGUUGCAAAUUUUCCGCACGUUCAGUUUACAUGUAAAGUCAAUGCACAGACGCGGAUAACCGCGAGGAGACGCGAACUCGAGCCUUGCGUCGCGAAUGAGGCGAAAUUGCGAAAUGCGCCUCAUCACUUCAUUCGUCAUAAUUCAUGUGACGCUGUGUUGCGACAGCCAAUCAGCGUUGAGAUUCUCCUCCUGUCACUCUGUCAUCAAUCCGAGCUCCGUUCACAAAACAAGCUUUUAUAAAGUGAUGUCCUUGUCGUCCUGCAGAGAGAACUAACAAAACAUGAAUUCUGACUUUUUACAAACAACCAUCAUUGUGUUGUUAUUUCGGCGUCCCUGUUUGUACAUUUAUUAUAAUUAAAUCCAUUUUUUUUUCUCACAGUGGCUUUAAUAAUAACAUUAAUAAUAAUAAUCAUAAUAAUAAACUCCAGAAGUUUCCUUUUUCCACCAUGUUUCAGGGAGAAAGCUUCACAUUUCUGGACAAAACAGGAGCGGUGGGCUUUGUUUUUGGGCCGUCGGACAAAUUAACCUCCAAAACAUUUUCAGGAAAUAUGGGACCAUUUUUUUUACCUUUUUAAGGAAUCCCAAAAAGGAUUUAAUGAGAUUUAAUGAUGAAGAACGAUGAUGGAAUAUUUUGAUUCCUGUCACAAGAAAAGCCGUUGUAGUUUGUCGGGAAGCUUCUUUGUAUUUUUGAAAUCAAACUGGAUUCAACAGAUUAACAAAACCAAAGUUUCAAUAUCAUCAAAUGACCUCAAGAACUUAAAAACACCAAAAACCUGGAGCUCAGGGCUUUUUUUUUUACUUUUACUUGACUACAUUUCCUCCAGUUUUGAUUUCAGGAAGCUCCUUGUUUUAUGGAUUAUCUAACAAUUGAAAUCCAUGAGUCUCAUUCAAGUCUGCUGGGAGAUCAGAGUGUUCUCGACAGAAGAGGAUAUAUGUUCAAGAAGUCAAUAACAGACGAAUGUUGGACUCUUGUUUUCAGUAUUUCUUUGCACUCAGCUGCCUGAACGCGUCGUCAUUAUUUUUUUAUUUUAAUGUUCAUGUUGUAAAUGUAUUUCUUGUACAGUUUGUUUCUCAGUUGUAGUUUUCUGUUCAACAGAUUAUUUCUUGACAAAAGCAGUUUGGAGUAAAUUGUGUGGAGCUGCUGGAUCGCGUCACAGCCUUGGUUGACUUAUUUAUACGUUUAGUUUUGAGGCUGAAACACAAUGAGAAGCCUGUGUUUUUAUUGUAAACAAACAUAACUCAAGUUAUUUUUAUUAACUGUUAAAGUAUUUGGCUAUUUAUUUUCUUAAAUAUUUGUGUACAUCUUUUU